CGUUUGCAAUUGAACAUUGAAACACUAACGCCACAUAGCAGCAAGAAGGUAGAACUAAUCAGACCGUCUUUCGAUCGUUUAUCAUUAAAUUUUUCUAGUAUGCUUUUCCUUCAUGGAAGAACGUUUCUAUUCAUUCAACACCAGAGGGCAGUUCUGUUCAAGAUACAGUUCUAUACAUACAGUUUGCACACAGUGAAAUUUUCUCGAAGAAUGUGCGCACUCCUGGAGGAAAAUUAGUAUACCAAUACCUUAAAAAACCGAAGAAAAUCCCCAGAUGUGGUCAGUGUAAAGAUAAAUUAAGAGGCAUUCAACCAGCGAGGCCUAUGGAAAGAUCACGAAUGUGUAGGCGAAAAAAAACUGUGAAACGAGUAUAUGGUGGUGUCCUCUGCCAUAAAUGUGUCAAAGAAAGGUUGAUUUUCUUUAUUUCCACAAAAUAAUUGUCUAUAGAGAUUCAUUAUACUAUUAAACUUACAUUUGUAGGAUUGUUAGAGCUUUCCUUAUUGAAGAGCAGAAGAUCGUCAUAAAAGUGAUGAAAACACAAGCUUUCGCAAAAUUAAAGAAAGCAGAAAAGUAAUUAUAUUCUUUUCAUUUUAUAAAUAAAAUGUAUUUAAAGACUCGAUGUGACACAAAUUAUUUUUUUAUAAUUACAUUUAUUUAGUUCAUUAUAA